CUCACAGGUCCUCCUUUAGUCCAUUGUGAAGUUUUUGUUGUAAGUGUAUUUCUUCCUUGUGAGUGUAUCAUUAAACAUUUAUCUCCACCGUCAUUAUUGCAUGAGCGGCAGCCCGCAUUAAAGCCGCGACCUUAUUUUUACCACACAAGUACUUAUAACUCUUAACCUUAAAAAGUACCCCUUUCCAACCCAGCAAAAAAAUGCCGUCCCAGUACCAGAAACUCUUCUUCCUCACCGUAUUCUCCAUGUCCACGGCAUGGGUGGACGUGAUUGCGCUUUCCAAAUACGGCGUUUUCGCCAACAUGAUGGUGGGCAACAUGAUUUACCUGGGCCGGGUGCUCGGCGCCUACGGGUCGGACGAUCCGAAGUGGCAGAGUGAGACGAAGAUCCCACCGUUGUUUCUCGUUUUAGUUCUGUUCGAUUACAUGCUGGGCGUGGUCCUCUUCCAGCUCUCCCAGCACUAUUUCAAAUUCGACGGGCGGCACUGGGGCGGGAUUGUGUUUGUCAUGCUGGUCAGCGUGGAAUUAUUGGAGUACUACAUCGGCAUCGAGGACAACGUGUGGUUGCUACUUAUCGUGAGAAAAAACCUUUACGGUUACACACUCUAACGGAAGACAAGCAAUACAGACAACCUCUGUUAUGCAGGAAAUGCUUGCCAGCCUCGUUUUAUUGGUGUUUUCCCUUAUAGUCUGCGCAUCACAGGUCUUUUCUUUGCCAUGUCGAGCAACUCUGUGAUGCUGAAACUCCAACAAGUGUGUAACUGUCACACUUUUUUCGUGGGAUAUUACUCCUGAUCGUCUGGGUCUUCGGUGCGGAAGACACGUUAUGCCUCAAGGGCGUCAUGCAAAUGCUGCCCUGGGGCAGCACGGGUAAGGUGGUCGCCGUGGGGGUGACCAUGAGCAAAACCGUGUUGGGAAUUGCGACCGUGGAAGAGAUGAAAAAGGGCGUCGUCGCGUUUCUCAUGACGUCGGGGAUGGUGGUUGGCGCGUGUCUGGCCCUGCUCUACUGUCGCUGGAACGAAAACUCGCCGGCCUUUGGCAACGCGAUCGUGGCGCCCUUGCUGGGAUUUCUGCUGCUAUUGCACGACAGCUGGUUGAAGGAUCAAAACGCGGCGGAGCAAAAGGACCAUCAAAACAAGAACGAUGCUCUGACAGCAGGAGGAGCAGCGGCCGAGUCAACUACUAUUGCCAUUGCGUCGAAUAGUAAAAUGUCGCCCCACCGGUCGCUCGGGGGUGGGGCGAGAGUGAUAAGUGUUUCAGCUGCGGGCAACAUGAAUCAUCGCCCGCACAUCAUCAACCUCGAGACGCGGGAGUUUCCGAGUUCCAGUGAGCGACCGAGCGACAAUGUUUUCUAUCAACUCCAAGGUAAAAACACCAGCGAGGUCGCAGUUUUUACCAAAUACGAUCUAUCGCAACUGCAAGCGCCGCUACUACAACGAAAUAACAAGGAACAUGUCGAGCAAGGGUCAACGACAGCAUCGACGGAUCCCAGGGCCACAAUUGAUAGUAUAUUAAAACCAGCAGAAGACGAUGAAUCGGACUCGGAUGGUGCCGAGCAAAUUGUCAUCAUCGGGAACCACCCAUACAAGCGUCUCUCUUCCGGGACGAUUGACCGACUAAACCGCUCCAACAUCGAAAUCUUGAGUUUGCAAACGAGUUUUCCGCCAACAGUGGAGCAAGUGGUUUCCACAAACGAGCAAGUGUCAUCAAAUGGAAAUGGGGUGUUGAGGAAAAAGGUUCGCGUCACUGACGGGGAUCCAGUGCCGGCGCAUCCGGCCCACAGACCCAUGAACAACCAAUAUGCAAAGACACUGGCAAAUAUCGAAGAAAAAUUGCUUUGAGCUGUAUGAAAAAACACGGUUGAGGCAAGGAAAAAGAACGAGAAUCGUGCAGUUGAUCCUUGUAUCAGGCACAAUCUUCAAGUUUGCUACGGCAUACUUACUUAGGUACACUAGUCUGAUGGAGUUGGACAUACAUUGAAAAGCCGAUUGAUAUCAUCACCC